UCUCCCUGAUGGGAAACUGCAUUCUGCUACUUGUUGCAUAUCACAAGCGGUCGACCUUGAAGCCGGCAGAGUUCUUCAUAAUCAAUCUCUCUAUCAGUGACCUUGGGAUGACGCUGUCUUUAUUCCCCUUGGCAAUACCAUCAUGUUUUUCACACAGGUGGCUGUUUGGAGAAAUCACCUGUCAGCUCUACGCCAUGUGCGGCGUACUGUUUGGUCUUUGCAGCUUGACCAACCUCACAGCCCUCUCCUUCGUCUGCUGCCUUAAGGUCUGCUUCCCAAACCACGGUAACAAGUUCUCCUCCUCACAUGCCCGCCUCCUGGUGGUUGGAGUGUGGUGCUACGCGUCUGUGUUUGCCGUGGGGCCGCUGGCACAGUGGGGACGUUACAGUGCCGAGCCCUAUGGCACAGCCUGCUGCAUUGACUGGCAUGCACCCAACCACGAGCUUUCAGCUUUGUCUUACAUCGUCUGCCUUUUCCUAUUUUGCUAUGCACUGCCCUGCACCGUCAUCUUCCUCUCCUACACCUUCAUCCUGCUGACAGUGCGGGGCUCGCGUCAGGCCGUCCAGCAGCAUGUGUCACCGCAGACCAAGACCGGCAAUGCACACGCUCUCAUUGUCAAGCUGUCAGUAGCAGUGUGUUUCGGCUUCCUGGGCGCCUGGACCCCAUACGCUGCUGUGGCCAUGUGGGCGGCUUUCGGAGAUGCCACACGAGUUCCUGCUGCAGCCUUCGCCCUGGCCGCUAUAUUCGCCAAAUCUUCCACCAUCUACAACCCUGUGGUCUACCUGCUGUGCAAACCCAACUUCCGCGAGUGCCUCUACAGAGACACGUCCAUGUUACGACAGAGGAUCUACAAGGGAAGUCCCCAGUCGAAUCCGAUAGAAUGCCUGGGAUCUAACUCACAGCACAAUAAGGACACGUGUAUCUCCACGCGGUUCUCGAACGGACAGCAGGAGAGCUACGGGGCGUGUCUGCACUGCACUGAGAACGCAGCUCUGUGCCACGUGACACCGGCCCAGAGAACCGCCAGCAUCCUGACUGGAUCCACCUGCAGAGAGGUGACAGUUAGCCAGCUCUCAGCCACACCACAGGCGGACUUCCUAUAGAAUGAAGAAAAACUAGAGGUGCACAAACAACAAAAACAAUAACUUCAACUAUGUGUGCGUCACAAAGACUUCACAGCAUGACAACACUUACAAGGACCUCUAAUGUGGCUCGUAAGUGGCCCCGUUAUUCUGUGAUGCCCUAGAUUCCCAUAAAUCGAUAGUUCUCACAUCUGCAGAGGAGUUUCGCCACAGAAGAUGAUUAAUAUACAGACGCCUUCCUCUGUGUUGCCUCAUGUCCCGAUUCUUUCUAAUGCACUGUAACUUAACAGGAUUCUGCAGGAGCAGCAAAUGAGACAGGAGGACCCCUGCUGGCUUCAAGGGUCAUGAGGCGAAUGAGCAGCACAGUUGCUCUCUGUUCAAAGUUGUGAAAGUACUGAGAAUUUCUCGCAAACAGCAGGAACAUCCAGCUCAACAUGAGGAUAAUUGGUGUUUAAUAACUGGUGCACACAAAACAAAUAAGGAAGAAUUGUUUGCAGCCACUCUUGUGAUUGCAGGACUAACAGAAUAAUAUGCAACAAAUCAAAAUCCAGUUUUAUAAAUGAAAUUGUAACUAACUGUAUCUGUUAAAGAUGUUUAACUGGUUCUUAACCAGUCAAACUUGAGUUUCUAUGGAUGUCUGGAAUCUAUUGCAAUGUCAAUGUCAAUUUUAUUUAUAUAGCACAUUUAAAAGAACUUGACAAAACAAAACUUACCGGAAAAUACUUGAGCAUAAACCUGUGUGAUAGGACGGCCUAAAAUUACAGAAAGUUUAUUAAAUGUGCACUUUAGCUUCUCCUUUGGGGAGCUGUCAUGUCGUGAGGAAUGAAUCAAUAAACAUUAGCACUUCAAACCUACAGGGUCCAAGUGAUUCAGUAUCUGUCAUGAUGUCGUGGCUCGACUGGGCCACGUUGCUCAUAGUUACUAAGUCCGAUAAAACUGAGUUAUUAAUACAUUUCUGGGGGAAAUCUAACCUGACGAAAGACUAGAAUAAAUCUGACGAGGUAAAUUUCCCCUCAUGUUUAAGCAUGAGCCCUAAAAGAGAUUCAGACGUACGUUGUGGGACCUCUCUCCUCCGCAGACCACUUGGGUGCAAAACUUAAAUUAACCCGGAUUAGACCUUGGUAGAUGAAUAUUAAAUGGGCUCAUGUUCUGUAAGGAAAAGGAAAAACUGCAUUUACUCAAAUUUUCCUCUUCUAUUUUAGGACCAUGAGUACUUUUUUAAAACUGGAAACAAAAGGAAGCAGAUGAAGUUCUUAUGUCUUUUUUAAUAGAAAUUACCAUUUGGACAACCUGGGAAAAAAUGGGUUUCCAAAGUAGUUGAUAUUCAAUUCCGUUUUUCUGUGGUAAUGUGCUGUGUGGCUUCAUGUUUAUGUAAAGCAAAAAAGUACUGUGUCUUAUGCAGCUAUAUUUCCUGAUGAAUUAAAAAAAAACGUUCAUAACCGGUCUUGUCAGAUUAAUUUGGAAUUCCAGAUUGUUUUCAAACUAGAGGGAGGGCGAGGUUUUGGACAUCAAACAAAUUAUAAAAGGAAAAUAUAAUUUGAAUGUAUAAAAUACACCUGAGUUAUUUCUUUUCAUGUCUAACUUGACAAGAUGUUCAUUAGCUUCAGGGCACACCAUGUUCAAAACUAAUUUGCAAACUAAUUUUCUACAGUGGAGAGAAUUGACAUGAUGGGCAGUCCCUUGGUGUUGUGGGUAUAAAACUCCUUGGCUUGUGUGCAUCACUUCAAAAGGCUGAAACACAUCUCACUUGAUUUUUAAUUAACAAAAUCGGAAUCAUGAAACAAUUGCACAUCAUAUUUCACCUGUUCAUAGGUAUCAGCAAUCCACACGAACAGAGCCAACAGAAUACUUAA